AUAAAGAAGCAGGGACGCCCGAGCGCAGGGUCGAGGACCCAGGCACCCGGAGGACAUGAAGCUGGGAUUCAUCUGUGCUCUGCUUUCUGUGCUAGCAGGGCACGGCUGGGCAGACACACGAGCCGUCGGGGCCCAGGAAUGCCGCCCCAACUCGCAGCCCUGGCAGGCGGGCCUCUUCUUCCUCACCCGCCUCUUCUGUGGGGCGUCCCUCAUCAGUGACCGCUGGCUGCUCACAGCCGCCCACUGCCGGAAGCCAUAUCUGUGGGUCCGCCUCGGGGAGCAUCAUCUCUGGAAAUGGGAAGGUCCAGAGCAGCUGUUCCGGGUCACCGACUUCUUCCCGCACCCUGGAUUCAAUGAGGACCUCAGUGCCAAUGACCACAACGAUGACAUCAUGCUGAUCCGUCUGCCCAGGCAGGCACAACUGGGACCUGCUGUGCAACCCCUCAACCUCAGCCACACCUGUGUCUCUCCAGGCACCCAGUGUCUCAUCUCAGGCUGGGGGGCCGUGUCCAGCCCCAAGGUGCAGUACCCACUCACGUUGCAGUGUGCCAACAUCAGCAUCCUGGAGCGCAAACUCUGCCAUCGGGCAUAUCCAGGCCACAUCUCGGACAGCAUGCUCUGCGCCGGCCUCUGGGAGGGGGGCCGGGGCUCCUGCCAGGGUGACUCUGGGGGGCCCCUGGUUUGCGACGGAACCCUGGCGGGUGUGGUAUCUGGGGGUGCCGAACCCUGCUCCAGACCCCGGCGCCCGGCCGUCUAUACCAGCGUAUGCCACUACGUGGACUGGAUCCGAAAGACCAUGGAGGACAACUGAGCCCUCGCUCUUUGCACUGACCGAGAGAGGAGGGUGGGCGCAGAGCCGGGAGGAACUGCAGGGCUCCAGCCUCAGUGGUCUCCGCUCUUGGCCUCAGUCGCCCUGGAGACGCCUUGGGGCCAUUCGGGCUCGGCCCCCUCGGAAUGGAGCAGGGAGACAGCUCCGCCCCUCGUGGCCCGGCGUCUAAGGUCACCAAGAACAGGCACCACCCGGGUGGAACAGCAUCCCCUUGCGGCUCAGCCCAGGAGUGAAAUCCACCAGAUAGCUCCGCCCCUCAGAACUCCGUCCAAUGAGACUUCCUCUCUGGACUCCACCCCUCUGUGGCCCCGCCCCUUCCACCCGAGACCCCCGCCCCUGUGUGACGUCAGGGGGCGGUACCUUCCACCCACGUGGAGCUCCCGCGGUGUCGGGCUCCGCCCCUCUUGGCCCCGCCCCAGGCGUGUCCUGGGUUUGAAUUGUGGCGGGGACCCGACAGGGAGAAGUCGGGGGGAGGGUCUCGACCCCUUCAGAUACAAUGGAUGAUUUUACAAUAAACGCGCGGAGCCGCGCCUUCCUUCUGUCUCGUCGUGGAAUGAGGGAAGGGCAAUCGGUGGGCGGUGGAGGGCAGAGAGGGAACGGCCACCGCGCUGCAAUUCCCCUUGAGC